AUUUUCGUUUUUGGAACUUUAUGGAAAGCAGCACAGAAAAAAAGUGGGAUGAGAAGAACAAAAAAAUAUUUGUAAAAGUGAAGCUCAUUCUGAGGUACAGAGAAGGCGGAACACAGCAGACGCCAGACAGAGACACACUGCAGACGCCAGUCAGAGACACACUGCAGACGCCAGACAGAGACACACUGCAGACGCCAGACAGAGACACACAGACCACAGCACCUUCACACCAGUCACUAACAGUUAUGGGUUCAGCGGUGAACUUCAUUCCGCUUUUCUCGGCAGGACUGUGGGCUCUCGCUUUGUGUGCAUCUCGUCAGUUUUAUGUGGUGAACACACCAAUGACGUGGACCGAUGCUCAGAAAUACUGCAGAGCAAAAUACACUGACCUGGCCACCAUUGCGAAUGAUGAAGAAAUGAAUGCUGUGAAGGAAGCUCUUAACGGGAGCACAGAACAUUUCUGGAUAGGACUGAGGCAGACUGAUAGCAAUUCCUCGAUUGUUUUUAACAGUAGGUCCUGGGUCUGGUCAGAUAAUUCUCAAGUCUCAUACUGGUACUGGAAUAAUAACGAGCCAAACAACGACGGGAUUGAUAACUGUGUGGAAAUUUGGGAAGCAAGUGCAAAUAAUAAAUGGAAUGAUGCAGGUUGCAAUAACACUGUCCAUUUUGUCUGCUAUAAAAAACGAACUCCUCUCACCGUGAUCACUGAGAAGAAGACCUGGCGAGAAGCCCUGAGGUACUGCAGACAGCAUCAUGUGGACCUGGUUUCUGUUGACUCGCAGGAAAUGCAGGACUGGGUGGGAAAUGUCACUAAAAAUCUCUCCAGUGAUAUGUGGAUUGGCCUGCGUCACACCUGCGCUCUGGGCUUCUGGUACUGGGUGAAGGGAGAGAUGAUCUGCUACCAAAACUGGGCUCCAGGUAACGGAACCGGAGUGGAAGAUUGUGGUGAUGUCGAGAGAACCGGAGCGGUUCUGUCCGAGAGUAAGAAGUGGGUCAGCCUGCCACAGACUCACGAACUCUACUUCAUCUGUGUCACCUUCCAGUGAAGGCUACUAGAAGUGGACGCAUGAACUUCAGCUGGAUCCUCGAAGUUCAGGACCAGACAUUUCUUUCUCAGCAUCAUUUCACUUAAUUUUUUGGACAUGCAAGUACAACGAUUUAUUUAGGAAUUUCACAAUAAUGUUGAGUUUCUUUAUGGUGUUGGUCAAACUUUUACUUUCAAAAUAGCUCUUAGUAGCUUUACUGUUAGCUUCUGUUUAAAAACUAGAAUAUGUGAGACUUUCCUUUUGUUCACAUGGGAUGUGUUUUAUUAUCAGUAAUACAUUGUUUAGCGGUCUUAUGUAUCAUUAUUAGUUUAUCAAAACAUUAGUUUGCCUGUGGCUUAUUUACAGACAAUAAGCCAGAAGUAUAUUGUAAUGUUUCAGUUGCAAAGUAGUUUCCCCAACACUACUGGUUUGUAAACUGAUGUUCUUUGCUAAGUCUUUUAAAAUAAAUAUAUUUCCUGGAUACUGUG